UUUGUGCUAAUUGCAGCCUCAUUUUCUGCCUCUACAUAGCUUAAUAUAGACAACUAGAAAAUGGGGUUCAACAAGUUGGUAGUAAUAGCCCUAAUUUUCAUGGCAUUAACCAUGGUUCCCCUCUCUCUAGCCCACGACUCUGCAGCCCACGACUCUCCAGAAGACUACCUGGCUGCACAUAAUUGCGCCCGCGCAGAGCUAGGGAUCGCACCGCUUUGUUGGAACACAACACUGGUAAAAUAUGCAAAACACUGCACAAAGUCUUUAGUUGCAAGUUGCAGCUUAGAGCAUUCGGUAGGUUGUCCUUAUGGGGAGAAUUUAGCGCAAGGUUUCGGCAAAUUUAGCGGUGUGGAUGGGGUGAAAUUAUGGGUAGAUGAGAAAGCUCAUUAUGAUUAUCAAAGCAAUACUUGUGUUGGCGGUGAAUGCUGGCAUUACACUCAAGUUAUUUGGAAAAACACCAAGGAAGUAGGCUGUGCUAGUGUUAGGUGUGGUGAAGGAUGGAACAUUAUUAGUUGCAACUAUUAUCCUCCAGGGAACUGUGUUGGUGAGAAGCCUUAUUGAAUUUCUAUUGGUUAGAGAGGGAUUAAUAUUGAAAUAGGGCUAAUUAAUUAGCUUCGAUUAAGUAAUAUUUAAUAAUUACAAAACCAAUUAAGCUGCAUAUAUCAUAUUAAUGCAAGCAAUAUAUGUUUGUAAUAUGUAUCAGAGAAAUAUUUUUCUUGCUAUAUAUCAAUGAAACUGCGAACUUGCUUUAAUUAUUAUAGUUUUUUUUU